AUGCCGGACCGCCUCGUUACCCGUCGUACCCAAUUUUCGAGUUGUGAUGAUUGUCGCCGGUCACGAGUCGCUUGCGAUGCACAGAGCCGUCGUAAUGUUGUUGCUGAGCUAUCUGGUCCCUGUACCCGUUGCCUAAACCGGAAUCGAGCCUGCACAUUUAAGUGGAUCCAGGAUGCCAAGGCGGGAGCUUCUAAUAAACAUGCAACUCCGUCAGGAGCACGAGGUCGGUGUGAGCGAACCUCUCAUCACCUAAUUGAUCAAGCAUCAACCGAGGAGUCAAUCAGUGCAAUUACCCCGGCGGAGACUCGAAUCAACAUCCGCAGCCAUGAUCUUCAGCAAAGCCAACUCAUGCCUACGCAAGACUCCGGGCAUGAGCCUUUGGAAGAAGCUCCUCUGGUGCCACUGUCCGCCCUCUCAGACUCUGAGAUACACCCACUGAGCGACUCUCACUUUGAAUGGCUUCAGACCCUAUACAGACAAAACUUCGAGAUCGUUUUUGGCUCUUGGAUGGGCCGAUAUAGCUGCCCUUUCUUGUUUGGACAAGACGACCUCGCCGAACGGUACAUCAGCAUAUCAGAUUUAUGUCGCUACCUCGACAGAUAUAUGGCCAAUUCGUCUAAAGAGAGCCAAAGCCCGGCCCAGGAACAGGGGAGUCCGCAAGGCAAGAAACGGGAUGUCUUGAUUGAACAAUCCCUGCGCAACACGAUUGCUGCGUUUGCCACAAGAUGGUUACCAAUCACCUCUCCAGAUGGCUCAGUCGACCUCAGUAACGCGAACGAAAUGCAGACUAUGUGGCGACAGGCUCGAAGAGAUAUGCUGAGAAUCAUCAAUCGUCCCUCGUAUCGAUCGAUGUUGUCCCUUUUUCUCUUUUCCCUAACUCCAAUUCCGAUAGGUAUCUCGGAAGACGAGGAGACCGAUGGUAUCUCUGGCCAGACUUGCGUCCACGCGGCUUUACAACAAGUCCAGUCUCUUCGAGCCCGGCAAAGAAAUAUUCAAUUCAAUGGCUCAAAGGUAUCCCUGUCGUUGACCUCGACUUCGGUAUGCACCACUAUAGAGUCUGCGGCCACUUAUAGCUUCAUUAAUGCCGAAAAUAUUGCCUACUGGGCAGCAAUCACAUUCGACACAUCAGCAUCUCUCACACUCAGUUGCAGGCCACUCCUCUCAUCCGGGCUCUUUGGUUUUGAGUCCGAACUUACCUGGAGGCUAGUGCGAACUUGCUUGAAUGUGUUCAAUGAAUCUUCAAAAGGUUGGCGCCUUGGUAGUGGUGAGAUGACAGACCAAAGAGCCAAUGAGAUUAUCGCGGCCGCCGCUUGCUGGAAGCUGUUGGGUUGGAAACUGGCUGCGGUUUUCAAGGAAGUCCUCAGAGAUGGCCACGAUGAGUCCGAGGUUCAAAAGGCAGUCUCUGCUGUCAGCAAUUCCAUUAAGGAAUUUGAUACCACCUUUCGUCCUUUUCUUGAUGAAUGCUACAAGCGCAUGCAUUUCCUUGGCCAGCAAACAAAGCUUCGUUGGUUCUCUCUCAUGCUUCACUAUAACCUGAGCAUAUUGAUGGUGUUGGAUAUGAUAGAAGUCGUAGCUCGGUACGACUUACUCGACGAUCUCGAAGAGGCUGGCAUUGAAGCAGAGAAUACUGUCAUGAAUGCACUGGCGAUUGGUCUUCAUAAUACCAUUACCUUGAGAAGACCCAUUGAUUCUCCUUCACCUGACCUGACUCAUGAAAGCGGGACGAAAGGCUAUAUGAUGUUUACUGUUUCCCUCAUCGCCAUUGACCCUUAUCCGCAUCAUGUUCUUGCGGGUGUGCAACUCAUGCGCAAAGCCAUCGACCGGGAUUUUAGAAAUAAAAAGAUCACACAGGAGUCAUACGACAGCUUAUUCUCAACUUUGGAGUCUACUUUGAAACAUCUCCCCCAGAGCUCUAAGUCCGUUCAAGCAGCUCGACAAAUGUUUUCCUCAGCAACGCCAGAUGAGAUCCUAGAGGGAAUACAACUUCCGUACUGGGAGGAGUUAACGUCGCAUCUGCAUGGCGAAUGGAGCGAUUUCGGGAUUGAAAAUUAA